UUGAAAGAAAAACGAAAACCAAAAAAUAAAAAAUGUCAGGUGUUUGGGUGUUUAAGAAGGGAGUGAUUCGCCUUGAGAACCCUGGCGGCGAGCAAGGUGACGGCCACGGUCUCGCCGGAGGAAGCCGUCGUAAGGUCUUGGUUCAUCUCCCUACCAACAAGGUGAUAAGCUCCUAUGAUAUUCUGGAGGAGAAGCUUGGGGAGCUCGGUUGGGAGCGAUAUCCAGGUGAUUCCUCACUCGUCCAGUUCCACAAGCGCUCCUCAGUAUAUCUCAUCUCCCUCCCCAGAGAAUUCUCUAGGCUUACCACUGUUCAUAUGUAUGACAUCGUUGUCAAGAGCCGCAAUGUUUUUGAGGUUAGAGAUGCUUGAUAUGAGGAUAUAGUUAGGGUGGUAAGGCUGUAUGCAUGGUUUGUACAAAGUUUUUUUUAUUUUAGUGUUUUUAUUUUAUUUAAUUGUUUUAUGAGUAUGGAGUCUGUAUAUAGCUAGCAAUACGUGUUUGUGGUGCUAGCUAGUUUCAAUGUUUAAUCUUAAUAUUUGUGUAAGUAUGAAGUGUGAAGCUAAGUUUGAUUAGCUCAUAGAAA